AUGUCUCUGCAACAAUUUCAAGUUGCCAACAGUCAGCAACUCUCUCCUUUCUUUGAACAAUAUGCCAUCACACCAUCCAACAAUAUCGCAGCUCUCCUGAUUAAUUCAUAUUUUCAACAUUCAUUAAUGGAACCAUUCUCCAUGCUUUCAGAUAAUUCAACAUUAAAUUUCACCACCAAUAAUACUAAAGUUUGUGAUUCCUCUCUCAUCGGUACGCCAUGGAUUCGUGAAAUGAACGUUACAUCUCAAUACGGUCUCUGCAAUGAUACCUAUUUUGCCUUUGCCACAUGUCUAGCAUUUAUGAUUGUAUAUAUAAUUACUGUAUUAUUGACAGGUGUAGGUGUUUUCUGGAAGAGAAAGUCCAGUCACGUCGAAGCGAGAAGUCCAAUCUAUCUCGCCUUUACUUUAUGUGCUGCUUUCUUUUUCAUUGUGGGAAUGACUUUGAGAAUUGUCAUCUCGAGAAGGUUAUUCCCUUGUGGUUUGUUAACUAUUUGCUUUUUCACAUUUCCUGCAGCUGUGACAUUACCUACUAUUUUCAGAUUAAUGAGAGCAUAUUUCAUGUACAAGAUUAAUUUACAGAAAACUAAACUAUUCGAAUCACCGACUAAUUUACAAAAUACCAGUACUACAAAUACAGGAGGUGAUAACACUUCAGGUAAUAUUGAAUUGAAACAAGCAAUUGAUAAUUUUACAAUUGAAACUCAAAGUGGAACCCAACAACAACAAUUCUUUGGACAAGAGGAUGGUAUAGUGAAAAGACAAGAACGUCUCUCUAGAGUAAUUGCAAAAAAUCAUGAAUAUGAACCUCAACUUGAUUCCAUUAAUGGAACUACUUCAAAUACUGUUACAGAUGAUGAUGAUGAAAGUAAUUUUGAUACUGAUAAUGAUUCACAAGCAGACGUUUCAACUUGGAAUAUGAGUGAAUAUAAGGAUUUGGCAGAUGUGCAAAAAGAAUUGAGAAAGUUGAAAAUUUUCAAUUUCCUAAUCAGUGUCAAAUUCAUUACUGUGAUUUACAUUCUUUCCUUCUUAUUUGGUGUAAUUAUUUGGCUUAUUGUUGGUGUUGCUGAGGAAGCAAUUUACAAUACAAGUACAGAUCCAAACAAGAAGAGAAUAUUCUUGAAUGAGGGUGGUAUUCUUCUAUUUUCACACGGUUGUGGUAUGAAUACUACAACUACCAUUAUGAUUUCUGUAGAAUCAAUCUUGUUCAUUCUCUUGGAAUUGGUAUUUUUAAUAUUUGCCUUUACAGCAGACAGAGACUCUUGGGGAAUUAAGAGGGAGACUAUGAUUUUGAUUGUUAUUCAAUUAACUAGUGCUAUUUUGUUUGUAGUUGCUGCUAAUAUUGAUUUCAUCGCAUCUGUUACAGAUGCCUAUUUCCCAUAUGGUUUCAUUUUGUGGGGGUACAUGUUCAUUGAAGUAAUUGUGUGUGUCACUAUUCCAGUCAUUCGUUCCAUAAUAUUUGACAAGAAACUAGCCAAAAAUACCGAAUCUGAAAGUGGCUUAGAGAAGGUUCUCAAAAAUCGUAAAAUGUUCAAAAUUGUACUCGAAUUUGCUAGAAGAAGUUACUGCACUGAGAGUGUCUUGUGUUGGAGAGAUAUUCAAAGAUUCAAGAAGGCAAAGAGAAGUCAGAGGAAAAAGGCAGUAAACCACAUUGUCAAUGCUUACAUGACCGUUGGUGCUCCAUUAGAACUUAACAUGCCAAAGAUUACCUUCAAAAGUGCCGAAAUUCUUGAACAAGUGAAGCAAAUAGAAUCAACCAAUGGCAAAAUUCCAACUGAUAUUUUCAAAGCUGUGCAGGACCAUUGUUUGAAUGACAUGGCAGAUUUGUUUGAUAGAUUGAAAAAUUCUAAUAAUGUAAUCUCAGAUUUUGUAAAGAAUUACAAAAAAGCAUCUACCUAUACUGAAAGCAAGUUAGAUACCUCCGCAACAAGUUCCAAUCUUGUAAAUUCCACAUCUACGUUAACGUUGAUGAAUCCAACGGUAACAUUUUCAGAUCAAGUUUGA